GUGAAUAUCUGACGUACGGCCUUUCCCACUCAGCGUGGGUUGUGGAUGUGGCAGCAGAGCACCAAAACAGCCCAGAGACGAGUCUCCUCGGCGGCCUCACAGCGAAGCUCCGCCGGCUCUAUUCAUCCUCAUUUUGUCGGUAAAGAUUUAUUUUCAGCGGAAGAUCCCUUUAAUUAAAAAAACCGCGAAACUAGUCAGUGAGUUAGCUAACAGGAGCUAAAGUUAGCUUCGGUCUGUUAGCCUCAGGUGGGCUCUGACAGCUGUGGGUUUCUGCUAAACUUUAGUGUUUUAAUAUUUACAGAUAUUCUUAUAAAUAUAACAGUCAGCUGUGUUAUUAUCGGACUGACUCACAUAUAAACACGGUCUUUAGUGGGUCAGUGGGUCGGGGUCAGACCUGAGCUAACAGACUUCAAACAUCUAUGUGACCUAUAAUCAUGUUUAAAUGGAGUUUAGUCAGAUUACAGUAGAUUAAAUACAGUUUUAGUGAAGUUUAGUCAGAUUACAGUAGAUUAAAUACAGUUUUAGUAGAGUUUAGUCAGAUUACAGUAGAUUAAAUACAGUUUUAGUAGAGUUUCAGUCAGAUUACAGUAGAUUAAAUACAGUUUUAGUGGAGUUUAGUCAGAUUACAGUAGAUUAAAUACAGUUUUAGUCCAGUUUUACAACCUGUCUCAGACCUUCUAACCCCUUUGGACUCUGGUCUGUGGUCUUCACAGCUGUCUGUCUGCAGGUCCUCCUGACAUGUUGACCCGGCUGGUCCUCUGUUCCCGCCUCCCCCCCAGAACCAGGCUGUCAAAUGUCUGUCCGGCUGCCAUCAGAGCCUUUUCUCAGGCCAAGUGUAAGAGAGCGGACCUCCUGACUAACCUCUGAUCUGUAUGUGGGAGAUUAUAAUCCAGCAUGGAGGUGUUAAUUAUCGAAGAAAUGAAUUCACCAUGUAACACCUGCCCACAGCACCAAAACUACCACUGACUGGACACCAGUGAUCUACUGGACAAACGGAGUCAGCAGGAUUGAGGUUCUGGAUACUGAGCCAGAUUCACAGAUAUAAGAUGUUAACAAUGUCCAAACUAAAGAAUUAGCUGACGACCUUUGACCACCAGGUCCUGACUCUGCAUCAUCAUAAACUCUCAGCAGAUGAAAUCCUGGUUUGAAGAAGGGUCGUCAGUCUGCUGGAAUAAAAACAUCAGAUUAGUCCAAAGCUUUGUCAGGUCUUUGUAGGAGGUCAGAUCUUCCAUUUCUGAUGCAUUCAGGAGAGUCAGGAAGUCUGAAUGUCUGUAGUGAGACAACACCGUGUUCAUGUUUGAUCUAGAACAGUCUAAUGAAGUCAUAUCAACUAGUGAUGGCGAGAUGAAGCCUCAUGAAGCAUCGAAGCUUUCCAUCCAAUUACUCGCCUCCUGGGCCGAAGCUUCAUGGUCGUGCUUCAUUUGCUCUAUUGCGCCAUCAAGUGGACAAUAAAUGUAAAACAGGCAGAGUGAUAAACCAAAGACACCCCGAGGCUUUCGUGCGCGAAGCUUUGAAUCCAAUGAAUGAAUGGAUGUGAUGCCGUGUGUUUGUGAUACAAUGCAGAAAUGAUGAAGUUAUUAAUAUGGUGUUUGUCUUUAAGACACAGUUGCAGUGUCAAAAAGGGGAAGAGGACAUAAAUUAUGGAGAGGGUUGUGAUGUGAAUGUGUUACUUAGUUUGUUGUUCGUACUUUUGUUACGGGGACAACAAAUAAAACAUAAACAUUUCAUUUAUAUUUAUUUAUUUAUAUUUAAAAACAACUUUUCAACAAGUCUCGAGUCUAUAGAUUGUGAGUGGGGCAGGACUCCAUUGCGUUUCGCUGCCUGUUAAAUCAUCCGCCAAACCCGUGAACCGUUUCUUGAACCAGUCACGUGGUAUAGCCGGGUAGCGAGGCUUCGGAUGUCAUCAUUUUUGGCUCCACCCCUACAUGAAGCAAGCCUCGAUACGCGCUUCGCGGAAACGCCCCCUUCAUUACUCGACACACGCUUCGAAGCCUCGGCACGGAAGGACACAUCACUAAUAUCAACCAUUUAUCAGGAGUUUUGGCGCUGCAGGCAGGUGUUUGGUCCUGCUGGAAGAGGGGGGGUUAGGGUCUCCAUCAAACUUGUCAGCAGAUCAUGGAAACAUGAAGAAUUUCUGAAGUUUCCUGCAGAAGUUUUACAGAUAUAUUUAUAAUGUUCAGAGCUUCGUUAAGCUGUGUGUUCGUGUAAAGGUGAGAGUUGAGCUUUCAUACGUGCUGAUGGUUUUUAUCUGUUCGCAGUCUCACUCCCACGGCCCCAUGGGAAAUCUUUCGCCCACCGCAGUGAAUUAAAACAGGCCAAACGCAUCGUAGUGAAGCUGGGGAGCGCUGUGGUGACACGAGGAGAUGAGUGUGGGCUGGCACUGGGACGGCUGGCCUCUAUCGUGGAGCAGGUAACUCCAGCGUUACUGUGUGUGUGUGUGACUCGUUAAAAUGUUUACUGACUAUAUUAAUACUAAAAGAGUGGAGCAGAGGCUGUGAGUGAUCUCUAUCUUACCUGUCAGGUGGCCGUGCUGCAGAAUCAGGGCAGGGAGAUGAUGAUCGUGACGAGCGGGGCUGUGGCGUUUGGAAAGCAGAGACUGAGACAUGAGAUCCUGCUGUCUCAGAGCGUCAGACAGGCCCUGCACUCGGGACAGAACCAGCUCAAAGACAUGGUGACCACUCUGGACUCACUUUAACAGACGAAAGUCAAACUGUUCAGUUUCUGUUCAUUUGGGUCAAAUCUCUGUUUUUCAGUCAGUGCCGGUGCUGGAGGCGAGAGCGUGUGCGGCUGCAGGUCAGAGCGGGCUGAUGGCGUUGUAUGAGGCCAUGUUCACUCAGUACAGCACCUGUACUGCACAGGUAUGUCCUGCAGCUUUCUAACAUGACUCUGUAGAUGGUUCAUGGUCUCUCCCCUCUUCUUCUCUUAAUUUUCUCAUAAUUUAGGCGUAAAAUCCCUCACAUGUUAAAUGUAAACGCUGUUAUAGAGGCUGUGAUUGGUGCAGACUCGGUGAAGACGUGUUUGAUUCAGACCUGCCAAUUAAAAAGAUGCAUCAGUAAUCUUUAAUAACAGACCCUAAAGGACUGUCUCUUUCAUGGUCGUACUUUUCUACGUUUGCAGAUCCUGGUCACAAACUUGGACUUUCACGACGAGCAGAAGCGCCGUAACCUGAACAGCACGCUUCACGAGCUGCUGAGGAUGAACAUCGUCCCCAUCAUCAACACCAACGACGCCGUCGUCCCUCCUCCUGUUCCCAACAGUGACCUGCAGGGGGUCAAUGUGGGUACUGGGUGAGAUGCAUGCUGGGAAUUCAAAACAUGGUCUAAAGAUGUGAUUGGAUCAGAUGAAAGAUAAGAUGACCUUUAACCCUAACCCUGUUUUUUUACUCAACAAUAUUUGUAUUAGUUUUAUACAGAUUAAUACUGUACAGCUCUUAAAACAUACAAAGGAAGCAUCACAAACACCCCUGACUAAGACCCUGACUACUGCUGCAUAUUCCUAUUACUGUGUUUGAAUAAUAUAUUCUGGAGCUAAAACAAAAACAAACAAACAAGCAACUAAGUGCUGGAAUUUGGGUUUUGUAGAUCUUAAAAUAUAAAAGAUGUUGAGAAAUAAUAAGUAAAAAGAAAAUAAGUUAAAAGAACUUUUCUAUGGUAAGAGAAAUACAAAUGUAGACAAGUCACUGAAAAACUGAAAAAGUCCAUAAAAGAGAGAAGAAUUAAAAUUGUAUAAUUAUAAAACAUCACAGAUAUAUAUUUCAAAAAGAAAACAACUAGAAGAUGUAUAUAGACAAUAAUUCGAGCAAAGAAAGAGCAGUAGAGCAGACUUAGUGGCCUGUUUUUGCAGCUUGUUGAAAAAACAGGAUGCAGGUCACGGCCAGAGAGGUCACGUCGACCUGAACUUGUCACACAUGGCGAAAUUUGGCAGAGCCGGCCAGCGAGCAAACUACACUAAAAUCCCCCAAGAGGCUGCUAACUUGAUUCUGUCUUUGGAUGGUUCAUUUUUGCACCUUUGCAUCUAUGAAAUCUACCAUAUAAGUGGCGAGCCAGCCAGGAGAGAGCUGACUCUACAGCUUUCUCUGUCUCUGAAGGAAUGACUCUGACUGUGUCUCACACUUGGUUAUUCUCUUCUCUAUAAAUGUGUUUUCAGUGAUGUUGUUGUUGUUGUUGUGUAGUUGUACUCAGACCUGCUUCUGUUGUGUUUGUAUUGUAGGUGAUCAGUAUCAAGGACAACGACAGCUUGGCCGCACGGCUGGCUGUGGAAAUGAAAGUAGAUCUGCUGAUCGCUCUGUCUGACGUGGAAGGUAAAUACUGAUUUAUUUAAUUCAUGGACCUUAAACCUGACCCUGACCCUGACCCUGACCUUGACCCUGACCUUGACCCUUCAGAGUAAGUUACCAUGGUGAUGGAGUCACCUCUGUAGCUCAGACAGCCUGAAGUUUACACUCAGUCCUUUGAAACCCUGAGCCGUCUUUGUGAUGUUUGAACUCUGACCGGUGGACGGAUUAAUUUUAAGGUCGUAGGUUUGAACCCCAUCAUGUAGAGAUCAGGGUGAAGCCUGUCCAGAGUUGAAGCUCAGCAGAUAUCACAGAUCAUGUUUUCACUCUGUCAGGUGGAGGGGAGGAGAAAGCGCUCUGAUAAAAACACGUCUUUCUUCACAAACAUGUUCAAUCAUGAAUCCGUUAAAUCAGACGUGGACUGAAGGUUUCGUUCGGACUUCAUGGUUCUGACUUUUGAUCAUGAAACCUCUGCUGCAGGUUUGUACGACAGUCCUCCAGGAACAGACGACGCCAAACUCAUCGACAUAUUUUAUCCUGGAGAUCAGCAGUCCAUCACCUACGGCACCAAGUCCAGAGUCGGGAUUGGAGGCAUGGAGGCCAAGGUCAGUCUGAGAGCAUGGGCAGGUCAGAGUCUGUGAGGAGGAGGAGUUAAAGUGCAUCAUGUGCUCUGAUUCAGGUGAAAGCGGCGCUCUGGGCUCUGCAGGGCGGGACGUCCGUGGUCAUCGCUAACGGCACACAUCCUAAAGUCACGGGACACGUCAUCACGGACAUCGUGGAGGGGAAGAAAGUGGGCACCUUCUUCUCUGAAGUCAAACCCGCAGGUGCUCGCUCACACCUUCUCUCUGAAUGAUUGACACUUUAGUUCUGGGGGUUCAAACGUGGUUCUCGGCCCCUCCAGGUCCCACCGUGGAGCAGCAGGCGGAGAUGGCUCGACACGCCGGGAGGACUCUGGCCUCGCUGCACCCUGAGCAGGUGAGUCUCUGUGUGGACUCGGUUCAUGUGUGGAAGGUGUGGUCUGAGUGUUUAGAUUCAAGUCUGGAUCCAUGUGAUCGCCGCUCAGGACGCCGCUCAGGAUGCCACUUUAACGACGUGUUUCCUGUAUUUUUGUUGUUUUCAUGUUUUUGUUUGUCCAGAGAGGAGAGAUCAUCUGCUGCCUCGCCGAGCUGCUCACAGAGAAGAAAGAGGAGAUCCUGAGCGCCAACAAGAGAGACAUGGAGAUGGCCUCGCUAUCGGGUACAGACACACCGACAGAAACUCAGAAACAAAGUAAACGUCAGGGAGUUUUAGGGAUUUUCAGGGAGUUUUAGGGAGUUUUAUGUUUCUCAGCUUCAGCUCAGACUCUAAUGUCACAGAGGAGAAACAUGUUCUUCGCCCUGCAGCCAGAGGAGAGAUCUAACCCAACCUGAGAAUCCAGAAUAACAUCCAUGUGUGUUUUUUUUAACAGUUCAACAGAGGUCAUGCUGCGUCAGAUUGCAUCAUGGGAUUUGGAGUGUUGAAAAACAAUAAAGCUCUUUGUUUCGACCCUGAAGAUGAUUUUUAAUAAACUCAGACCUGCUGAGACGAAAGUGACGCUUUAAUGUUUUCAUACAGAAAUAUGUGAGGGAGAGUCAUUCAUGUGUUCACCUGAACAUGAAUCCUGAUCAUCUCAGCGUGACGGAGAGAAAACUACAAAUCAAAGAGGGAGAGAUGAGACUAAGAAUCAGUCAGUAAAUAAGAAUAAUCAGUCGGUCUGAAAGAAGAAACUUCCAUUUUAAACAGUUUUUCAGUCGAUCUGUCUUUUUGUCGUCUGAACUGAUUAUUGAUCCUCAGAUCACAUAGAUGUUAAACACCAGAUCUCUCUAUCCUCAGGGGUCCCAGCUGAUCAGAUCCUGAUCUGAGUUUUUGUCUCUAAUAUCUGAACCUCAAGAAGUCUGAGAAAGACCUCUGAGGAGGAGCAGCUGAGACCAGGACUCUGAUUGGUCGACUAAAAUCUGCUCCUCAGGACCCUGGUCUCUGGUCUCAGGACUCUGGUCUCAGGACCCUGGUCUCUGGUCUCAGGACUCUGGUCUCAGGUCUCAGGUCUCUGGUCUCUGGUCUCAGGACCCUGGUCUCUGGUCUCAGGACCCUGGUCUCUGGUCUCAGGACUCUGGUCUCAGGUCUCAGGUCUCAGGACCCUGGUCUCUGGUCUCAGGACUCUGGUCUCUGGUCUCAGGACCCUGGUCUCAGGUCUCAGGUCUCUGGUCUCUGGUCUCAGGACUCUGGUCUCUGGUCUCAGGACCCUGGUCUCUGGUCUCAGGUCUCAGGACUCUGGCCUCAGGUCUCAGGUCUCUGGUCUCUGGUCUCAGGACCCUGGUCUCUGGUUUCAGGACUCUGGUCUCUGGUCUCAGGACUCUGUUCUCUGGUCUCAGGACUCUGGUCUCAGGUCUCAGCUCUCAGGUCUCAGGUCUCAGGUCUCAGGACCCUGUUCUCUGGUCUCAGGUCUCAGGUCUCAGGACCCUGGUCUCAGGACUCUGGUCUCAGGACCCUGGUCUCUGGUCUCAGGACUCUGGUCUCAGGUCUCAGGUCUCAGGACUCAGGUCUCAGGUCUCAGGACCCUGGUCUCUGGUCUCUUUCAGACUCUGGUUCUCAGGGUCUCUCUGCUCCUCCCCCUCAGGUCGUCUGUCCCAGCCCCUGAUGAACCGCCUCAGUCUGUCCACCGCCAAGUUAAACAGCCUCGCCAUCGGUCUGCGCCAGCUCGCCGUCUCCUCCAGGGACAGCGUGGGUCGGGUUCUGAGGAGGACCCGGGUGGCCAACAACCUGGAGCUGGAACAGAUCACCGUCCCCAUCGGGGUCCUGCUGGUCAUCUUCGAGUCCCGCCCUGACUGCCUCCCGCAGGUGAGCCGGUCUGGACCCUCAGCCUGGGAGUUCAGAGUUCAACUUUGGGGCUUCAGAAAAACCACAAACUGGACUGAGGUGGCGCCGAAAUAAAGGAGGACGCCGUCUGACCUUUGACCUCUGUGUUUCAGGUGUCGGCUCUGGCCAUCGCCAGCGGAAACGCUCUGCUGCUGAAAGGCGGGAAAGAAGCUUCAAACACCAACAAGAUCCUCCAUCAGCUCACACAGGAAGCGCUCUCUAUCCACGGGGUCACGGACGCCAUCCAGCUGGUAAGAGCGCAGACUAGGAUGUUUAUCUCCACCACUGAGGGCGAGUCGAGACGCAUCUCGAUACGCCGCCACGAUACAGAACAUUAACGAUACACUGACGCUCCUGUCGAUGCGACGCGAUUCAAAACUGAUUAGAUAUGGAUAUGACCUUUGACCUUUCCAAUGACCUUUACUGCCUGACUGUAGAAAGAAUCGGUCAGGUGACUGACUAACCCCUGGUCCUGGUCCUGUAGGUGAGCACCCGUGAAGAAGUGGAGGACCUGUGCAGACUGGAUAAACUCAUCGACCUGAUCGUCCCCCGCGGCUCGUCUCAGCUGGUCAGAAACAUUCAGAGGGCGGCCAAAGGGAUCCCCGUCCUGGGCCACAGCGAGGGCGUCUGCCAUGUUUACAUCGACCAGGACGCCAGCAUCGACAAAGCCAUCGAUGUUGGUAGGAGAACCCAGAUGGUUUUACCCCCGACCUCCACCUUCAUCCUGAUCGUCUCCUAAAAGGUCGUAUCCUCCGAUCGUAGCUGAUCGUAAACAUUCAAGUUAACGUGUCAAUUUACACCGACUUCUUUCUCAGACGCCGAUUAUAGUCGGACUAAGGUGUUUACAUGACCUUCAGUUGUCCGGUCUUGAUCGGAAUAAGGCGAUAAUUCGGUUUUCUCGAGUGUCAUGGAAACGGACUGUAUGAUUUCUAAUUCUUCGUCGAAAGGACAACUGGAGGUCAAACGUCUCGACUAAGUCCAGUUGUCCUUUCCAUGCGUAGAUUCCCGCUCCAGAGUCAUGUGACUAACCUGUCGGACAAAGUUGGUUUAAAAUCAUCUAAAAAACAUAAAAAUCUGUUUAAUUUCCGAUCAUUUUAACCCUUUAACCUCGGUACGUGGACUUUAUUUAAUUGAAAAAAAGUUAUUUGUUUUUUUUCUGUCUGUGUCUCUGAUUCUGGAGUUUUCUCGGCGCUGAGUCUCAGAUUUGUUUUUUCUCGUCCAAUCACAGUCUUACCGUCAAUUUCCAUGUCUCCUAAAAGGUCGUAUCCUCCGAUCGUAGCUGAUCGUAACCUGAUCGAGUUCUAGAGCGAAAAUCGCCGCUGUUUCGGAUCGGAGACGUUCCGGAUGUGGUGAAAAUUGGGUGAAAGAGAUGUGCCUGAUCCUGCGGGAGCUCGGUCUGAGGCUUUAAAGGGGGAACCGAUGUUUUCUUCCAUUAUCACAGUUUUUGUUUUUGAGCUUUGAGGAGAAAAACCUCCAAAGUUCUUCACGGACUUUAACAUGUUCUUGUUUGAUCCCAGUCAGAGACUCCAAAUGUGACUACCCUGCUGCCUGCAACGCCAUGGAGACCCUCCUGAUCCACAGAGACCUUCUGAGAACUCCCAUAUUUGACCAGAUCAUCGACAUGCUGCGGACUGAACAUGUAAGACCACGUCUGUUAGAGAGCUCUGCGGUACGGUGGCCGAGGAACGCCACUGCUGCAAAUAAAAAAGAACUCACAACAGAAGUUACAGAAGCAAGAAAAAGAAACGGUGCAGAUUAAAAAAAGCCACAAUGGUAGAGUUCCACAGACUUAAACUUGAACUUUCCUCCUCAGGUGAAGAUCCACGCCGGUCCUCGGUUUGCUUCUUAUCUGACUUUCAGCCCGUCUGAGGUGAAGUCUCUGAGGACGGAGUACGGGGACCUGGAGUGCUGCAUCGAGGUGGUGGACGGCCUGCAGGACGCCGUGGACCACAUCCAUAAAUACGGCAGCUCCCACACCGACGUCAUCGUCACAGAGAACGAGGAGACGGCCGAGCAGUUCCUGCAGCAGGUGGACAGCGCCUGUGUCUUCUGGAACUCCAGUUCACGGUUUGCAGACGGGUAUCGCUUCGGACUGGGUACGUGUACCGCCAGGAGUGACCGGACCGCAGGGCGGCGUCUUGGUUUCCUGUGCCAACGUUCUGCCUCACGACUGAAUUCUUCUGUUUUUCAGGAGCUGAAGUCGGAAUCAGCACCGCACGGAUCCACGCCAGAGGUCCGGUGGGUUUGGAGGGGCUUCUGACCACCAAAUGGGUCCUUCGAGGGGACGGGCACACUGUGGCCGACUUCUCUGAGCAGGGCAGCAUGAAAUACCUCCAUGAAAACAUCCCUGUGCCCCAGGGGAGCUUCAGCUAGAACCCAGGACCCAGACCACUGAGUCCACAUCAGGAGAGAAGAUCACGGACACAUUCAGAGUUCAGUUCAGGGUUUUGGAGACCUGGGGGUCCUGAAGAUCCACAUCUGCUGCUGCUUCACCUGAAGGAGACGAAGAUCACACACACACACACACACGGCCUGUCCCCCUCUCUCUAAGACAGAGACUGGUCCGUCUCGUUGACCCUUAUGUUAAAGUCGGUCCUAUCAUGUCUCAGUGUGAGGUUUUCAAAGGUUUCUCUGAGGAGAACAGAUCUCCUCAUCGUCCUUCGUCUACGGUUUUCUAACUUCUUUUUCUCCGUCUCUAAUCUCUCUCUCCUCUCUCUGUUUUUCUUUAAAAUUCUGUCGGUUGUUCCUGAAGAAUCUCGUAUUUGUUACUGUCCUUUAUUUUCCUCUUCACACACGGUAAAUAAAUAUACUGUACAGUUCUUACUCA